AAGCACAAGAGGGCAGCAGACCCGCGGUAAACUUGAUUUUUGCAAAAGAUAACAGACUUACAGUAUUGAUUCGGCCUGCACUUAAUACUUCCAGCAUAUGAUUGGCAAUGUCCUUAAUAUCAACCCAACAAAGUGAAGAAGACGGGCAGCAUGUGCUAUCAUUGAGAGUAGAUAAUGCAAGGAAUGUGGCCAUGGUUCUGAAAGCUAUUCACUUCAAAGAUCGAGAGCUUGCUACAUUUUGUGCCAGUGAGAAUGGGCUCAAAGUGACUGUGGAGGAUGCUAAAUGUGUGCAGGCGAAUGCUUUCAUCCAGUCUAAUAUAUUCCAGGAGUAUUAUAUGCAAGAGGAUACUGCUACUUUCAAAAUCAACCUCUCUGUGUUAUUGGAAUGUCUAACUAUUUUUGGUAGUAACCCGAUGGGAGGUGCCACACCUGCUUUGAAGAUGUCAUAUGGAGGAUAUGGAUCUCCUUUACUUCUCAUGCUUGAAGAGAGUGGUGUUGUGACAGACUGCAGUAUCAAGACAUUAGAACCAGAUGAAAUGCUAGACUUCAACUUCUGCAGUGCAAAUGUCGUCAAUAAAAUCAUCAUGAAGAGUGACUGUCUGAAAGAUGCCUUUCAAGAACUUGACAUGACGAGUGAGGUUAUUGAGAUUCUCUUGUCCCCGGAUAAACCUUUCUUCAGACUCUCCACAUUCGGACAUGCUGGUAGUGCUUAUUCUGAUUUUCCAAAGGACUCUGAUAUGGUGGAGUCAUUUCAAUGCACACAGACUCAGAGCGUUAGAUACAAGCUUUGUUUGUUGAAACCAUCUAUCAAGGCUCUAAUGCAAUCCAGCAAGGUGUCCAUACGAACUGAUAACCGUGGUUUCCUAUCUCUUCAGUACAUGAUUAGAAAUGAGGAUGGACAGAUCUCUUUUGUAGAAUAUUAUUGCGCACCUGACGAAGAAUAUGAUGAAGACGGUUGAUGACAAAGAAGAAUGAGACAAACCAUUUUAUUUAUUAUGAGUUGUAUAAUAAGAGGCUUUAUUAUAUUAAUAAGAAUAAGAAUUUGUGCCAUAUGAAUGCCUUUUAAUGUACAGAAUAAAUAUCCAUUUACUUAACGACCUCUCUUUUGUACAAUUUUCACAAGACAACUCCAGUGCCAAGUUUCACAAAACUUGUCAAUAAAAUGUUACGUCUAUGGAAAAAAAUUGCCAUCAUGCGAUCAAAAUCCAUAGUAUCUGUAGCUGAAAGCUGUAUUGUAACUUUGUUAUUUGAACAAGUUUCACGAAACAAGACCAAUAUAUAUAUUUCAAGCUGUUUAAGCCACAUACAGUACUAUUAUAAAACAUUCAGAAUACUUUCUUACCAAUUAUUAUAAUUAUUUGAUAUGUAUAACAUUAAAAAAAAACUACUAAUAUCCAUUUUUAAACAAUAAUUUCCAUGAUUGAAAGUAAAGGCUAAAUUGAAAUAAACUUUUCUCAACAGCCAGAUUAGACACAACACUUUUAAUAAAUAAUAUGGCCAAUGAAAAUGCUAUUUGGUCUAUUCACACUUGAUCUGGCAGAAUUUUGCCAAAAUCUUAUAGAUUUGGGAAUAUUUCAUGACAGGACAUAAAAUGUGUUAAAAUGAUACAACGUAAAAACAAAGGACUUCGGUUAAACUAUUUCAAACAAUGCUAAACAAUCAACUCAUUGGAAUGUUGAAGGCUUGCUGGGAAAGUUUGAUACUGUAGAUAAAUUUCUGGCAUGCAUCCAGUAAAUAAGAUUGCAUACUCCAGCAGAAAAUAAGUCAGAAAAAAACUUGGAACCAACAGAAUUCAAACCUUGUCCAUCUAAUUAUUGGCAGUCAACUGAUUGUUUAAUUGAUUGUGGUUUAGUUUAGCUUUUUUUUUUAAUUGUAACACUUUUUUAAUGGAUCAUACCACUGCAAGGAAUGUAUUUAUGAUAUAAUCUGCCAUGGAUGUCGGUAAACAGCUUUUUAUCAAGUGAAAACAAUAAUUUAUACUUAAAUGAAUCUGUCAAAAACGUUUUUGGGUGGUUUGAGAAAUAGGAGAAAAAUUAAAAGUUCAUAGCAGGGUUUAUACAUCCAUCCUUAUAGGGAGUUUUAACACAGCGGUGCAGAAUGAAUCAUACAACACAUCAAAUGCAUUGAAUUUGCAACUCAAAUUACAAUGAAGUCUUUGUCGAGUGUCGGUGAAUCUGAAUAGUUUUGUCUGACGUUUUAGAGCUGACGAAAAAUUGCAAAUAUGUCAUUUGUCCAGAGUCACUGAUGAAACUGUCGUUGUUGAUUCACUGACCCUUAUACAAAGAUUUGAUGUGAUUUGACUUGCAGUUCCAAUGCAUUUACUGCAUUGUAGUAUUCAUUCUGUGCCAAUGUGUGAAAACUUUAUGUAAAUGAAUAUACAACAUAACCUAAAUCAAUGUAAUUAUAAUGUAUAUUGUCAGCUUAUCUUAAGUUUAUAGAUUAAAAAUUUUCUCAAAGAACAUGUGUCAAGGUUUCAUGUACUUUCAUAAGUCACUUUAUAUCAAGUCAACCAUGAAUUGAAAUAAGAGUUGUGUUUUUGCAGAGAUGCCAACCUUCAUCUAAAAAAAAUAUUCUUAGAAAGAAAACACUAUUUUUGAACCCCCCCCCCCAAAAAAAAAUAUAUAUUUGCACCACAACUGUAAAGGAUCAAGCACAGAUCAGCCCUGUGGCUCCCUCUAUGGAUAACAGAUUGUGCAUAAUAUAUAACUAUAGCACAUACUCCAUGACUAUAAUAACGGUUGACAUCUCUGGUUUUGGCAUAUGGGGUAUUGAACAAGAAUGACUAAGAAUACAGGAAUUUCAACUAGGUGCUCCUAAAUAAUUUUUGAAGAGUAAAAGAUGUUGGGGUGCAAAAUCGCAGGUAAAAACACCAGUGAACAUUAAUUUCAGAAUUACCCAUGAAACAUGAAAUCACUCCCUGGUGAAAAUAUAUCUGAAUGUAUUUCAGCUAAGUCUUAAAAUCUCACUGUGGCUGUAAUAAACAAAACAAUUUUGUUUCCUUUUCUUCUGUGGCAUUACAAUAUAGUCUUACAGAUAUCCAUUGCAGAAAUGGCAAGAUUAAAUAAUGACAAUAAGUUAGCUUAAAUAAAAGCAGAAAAAUAUAAAUAUUCAUGAAGUUUUGAUGAAAGUUUUUUAAUGAUUAACAUUUAUGAUUUUUUAAAGAUUUGAUCUUGUGACUUCAUAGACGAGCAACUCCCUUGAUGUGUCAUGUGAUAUAAAUCUUAAAAAAAAAAAAAAGUUAAUUUAGUUGUGUGGCAGAUAUAUCAUCAUCAGACAAGACACAUCAUUUACCCCCCCCCCCCUAUAUUAUUCAUCAUGUUCAAUGGAAUCUAUAUUACAUGCUAUAUGGGGAGCUUCAUGUAUAUGAUGUCACAAAUUAAAAUCUUGAAAUACAUGUACUCAUAACUCUCACUCUUUGAUGGAUUUUCAUAAAACCUUUACCAAAAUUCAUCUCUAAUUUUCUGCCUUUAUUUAAACCAAAUUAUUAUCAGGGUCAGCUUCCCCUGUAAGAUUUAUCCUGUCAAGAUUUCAGCUCUCUAUCUCAAAGAUUGGAGCCACUGUGCUGAGUCAAAACAGAAGAAGAUUGGAUAGUGUGUUAAGGCAGCCAUAAUUUUGCUCUUUUUUUUUUGGGGGGGGGGUUAACUCGAAAAAUAUUUAACACUUUUCGAAGAUAUAAUAAUGAGGCUUUGUCAUCACAUCAGUGCUACAUGUAUACCAAUAAUGCAAUUAUACCAAAUGUUGCACAGAAUCUUUAAAAAAGAUUCUUCAAGGUACAGCAGAUUUCAUAAUGAAUAAUCACAUUUAGAUAGUUAUAUACUAUAAUACUUUAUUUCAAAGAAAUAUAUCUGCCAUUUUGUCAACUACAUGUAAUCCUUAAAACAUACAAGUGACCGUAAUACAUCCAAAUGAACAUUGCACAUGAAGGUAUUUCAUUUCUAAUUCUAAUUAAAAAUUAGUUACAUGGCCUAAGAUUCCAAAUUUAAAGAUAUAUCUCCUUUACCUUGACAGGUAUUGAUAGUGCUGGUAGGAUUAUCAGGAGGAAGAAUAACACCACCAGCUCCUCCCCCCCAAAAAAAAAAAUAAUAA